GCUUAGAAAACGACGAGUAACGGUUUGUUCCAAAUAAGUUAAAUGGCCUAACGUUUGUUUCUACCAAUUUUGGUCCGUUCGAGGGGUUUUGCAGUGCACUGUGUACUACAUACUGUAAUCAAAUCGAUGUCUUUUGUUUAACCGGAACGGAGGACUUUUUUUUAACGAUUUUCGACUAAGGUUCAGGUGGACUGCAGUGGAAAAAAAACCGUUUGUAUUGAAAUUUCGCGUUUCCUAAACCAAUCCAUCAUGUCGGAUAGCGAAGAAACCCCCAAAAGUGUACCAUCUACAUCUGAAGAGAACAACGAACAACAGGAGAAAGAUCAAAAUUCAGGCGAUGCAGAUGCAGCUGAUGCGGGUAGUGGUGCUACUAGUGCUGGAGCUCUAGAAGUGGCCGAAGAGAAGCCGUCCGACGAAUACAUCCGUUUACGCGUCAUCACUAGCGACAUGACCAACGAAGUGCACUUUCGUGUCAAGUCGGCCACCUCGCUUGGACGGCUGAAACGCUCAUAUUGCAGCAAAAUGGGAUUCCAAGUGGACGAACUCCGUUUUGUGUUCGACGGACAUCGUAUCACAGAAGACGACACCCCGAAGUCUUUAGGGAUGAUUAACGAUGAUGUGAUUGAAAUUUACCAAGAAAGAACGGGUGGCGGCGGUAUGUAAUGUCGACGAUAAUAAACACAAUUUUUUUUUUAUCUUAAUUUUUUUUUUACUUGUAACAUAAAUGUACUGUAUUUAUUAUUAAAUAAAUCUUUUGGUCAAAAAUAUUUAUAUAAAUAUAACAACAAGUAACAUUUCAGGAACAGUACAAAAUAAGUGCCGUUUUCGUUAGCUAAGGCUUAUUAUUUAUUAUUAAGUGUACUGUGACACGGAA